AUGUUUGAGUCUGGAAAUCCUUUACAUACAGGAAAGAAUCCAUCAUCCAGUCCUUUUAUUUUGGAUAAGCUCCUUCGAAUUUCAUAUAAGGAGCUUUUCCAAGCAACUCAGGGAUUCUCUUCAGAAAACUUAAUUGGACAAGGUAGUUUUGGCUCUGUAUAUAGAGGAAGUCUUGAUCUACAAGGUGAAAGGAUAGUUGCUGUAAAGGUACUCAACCUUCAACAACACGGAGCUUCCAAUUGCUUCAUUGCUGAGUGCAGAGCAUUGAGAAACAUCAGGCACCGAAAUCUAGUGAAGAUCUUGACAUGCUGCUCAAGCAUUGUUUUUAAAGGCAACGAAUUCAAAGCUCUUGUGCUUGAUUUCAUGGCCAAUGGAAGUUUGGAUGUGUGGUUGCAUUCAAAAGAAGAUGGUAGUAUUCAGUCAAGGAAUUUAAACCUUCUUCAAAGGCUUCAUGUUGCCAUUGAUUUGUCAUCUGCACUGCAUUACCUUCAUGACCUUUGUGAAACUCCAAUCAUUCACUGCGACCUGAAGCGAAGCAAUAUUUUGCUUGACAAUGACAUGACUGCUCUUGUUGAAUAUGGAAUAGGUAGCGAGGCAACAACAUAUGGAGAUGUAUGCAGCUUUGGAAUAAUUUUGUUGGAGAUUUUCACAGGACGGAGACCUACGGAUGAAGUGUUCACAGAUGGUUUGAACCUCCACAACUUUGUUAGGUCUAAGCUGCCAGGACAAGUAAUGCAGGUUCUGGAUCUUAAGCUUAUUGCAAUAGAAGAAGUGGGAGUAGAAGAAAUCAUUGAAGACAAUGAGAGUGAUGAUGGUCAAUUAGAAAUCCAAGAAAAUAAUGUCAAUACUGAAAGAUUGAAAUUACAGGGAAGCAAUGUGCAAAAAUGUGUUGUAUCAGUCCUCAAUAUAGGACUCGCAUGCUCAGUAGAACUACCAAGUGAUCGAAUGAAUAUGGGUGACAUCACAAGAAAACUAAACAUCAUCACAGAGUCUUUCCUUCAUGCAAGGACUCGUAGAGAAUGA